UUUGUUACUAGAGGCCCGCGGAUUUGUAACGAGAACAGUUUAUUUCACGCGUACUACGGAACGAAUCGUGAAAUUGAUCAAAUACAUGAAGAAACAGGUGUCAUUCGUUAAUUCAUUUGUAAAACGCUUCUACUUUCAUUCAAUCGACAUCCAAGCAUUACUUGAUAAAUCUUUUUUUAUUUUAUCUCAAAGAAUUCUUUUUUUCUACUAUUGGUGGAAAAUAUGAUUUGAUUUGAUCUGAUUUUCGUGAUUACAAUCUUAUUCGACCCUAUUUAUAGUAAUUCGUGAAUUUCCAUUGUGCAAUCAAUUGAUUUCGAAGAAUUGGAAAACACUUGCAAAAUUUUCUUCGAAUUUAUCGUGUUCUAUUGUGUUCUAAUCAAUCGGAUAAAGGAAUCGUAUCUUCAAAGCUCUUUUGAAAUUCGAGUUUAAAAAUAUCAAAAUAAAGAACUGAUGUGAAGAAAGUGCGUUGCAAAGAAUCGAACAGUUCUUUUUAUCGAUUAUUGAAUCUUCUUCAUUGUGAUUGUAUACCAUAUAUAAUUUAUUUUUUAAUGUUCCAAAUGCCAUCAACUCGACAUCACCUUCAAAAGAAAUUAUUAUGCAAGGAAGAAAGUUGAUGAAGACUGAAGACCAAUCUCUAUAUAAUUAAAAUUUUUAGACAAAUUCAUGAAAGGAGAAAUGAAAAUAUCUCCAGAUAAAGAACGAAUAUCGCCCAUCAUGUAUCAAGGAUUAGAAGAUGAUUUCAAGAAGAAUAAUUUAAAGAAUCGUAGAUUAGCAGAAACAGAUGAUUUUUUAACGGCUGAUGGAAGUUAUCGUAGCAGCAAGACGGAAUAUGUGCCUCGUAUCUCAUGGUCGAACUUGAUAGGAUUACUUUUUGUACACAUAGGUGGUCUGUACGGAUUUUACCUCAUCUUUGUUGAAGCUAAGCUCUCUACCAUAUUAUGGAUGUUUAUUACUACUUAUACUACCGGAUUCGGCAUAACUGCAGGAGUACAUCGAUUGUGGUCUCAUAGGGCAUACAAAGCAAAAUGGCCACUUCGAUUACUUCUAAUAUUCCUCUUUACCAUAACCGGACAAAAAGAUGUAUACAGAUGGGCAUUGGAUCACAGAGUGCAUCAUAAGUAUAGUGAAACUGAUGCAGAUCCUCAUAACGUUAAAAGAGGUUUUUUCUUCGCACACGUAGGAUGGCUUUUUAUAACUCCGCAUCCCGAUGUUGUCUCGAAACGAAAGGCAGUGGACAUGAGUGAUUUGGAGGCCGAUCAACUUGUCAUGUGGCAAAAAAGAUAUUACAUUCUUUUAUUCCCUCUUUUAACUAUCGGAUUUCCAGUUGUCGUGCCUUGGUAUUUUUGGUCAGAAUCGAUUUGGACGUCUUUCUGGGUGAAUUUUAAUUGUCGUUUCUGUAUUACUCUCAACAUAGCCUUUUUUGUAAACAGCGUGGCUCACAUGUGGGGUAAACGACCUUAUGACAAAUAUAUAUCUUCAGUGGAAAAUACGAUGCUCUCCAUCGCAGCCCUAGGUGAGGGUUGGCAUAAUUUCCAUCAUGUUUUUCCUUGGGAUUACAAGACUGGAGAAUUGGGCAAUUACACGUUUAAUUUGACUACGGGCUUCAUCGAUACUUUCGCGCGCUUCGGUUGGGCUUAUGAUCGAAAAUACGUAUCUCCAGCAAUGGUGCGUCGAAGAGCAAAAAGAUCUGGUGAUGGCAGUCAUAUUUGGGGUUAUGGGGACGCUGAUAUUUCAGCUGAAGAUCUCCAAGAAUUGGAACUGAUGGAUAAAAUCAAACAGUAAUUAUAUUUUUUUAAUGAUGAAAUAAAAAAUGAAUGUAGUAUU